AUGAAUGCGACCAGCAGAGACACCAUCAGCUCCGUUAGCCACUUUAUCCUCCUAGGCUUUCCCUCAAGCCCAGAAAUGCAGCUCGUCUACUUCGGACUCUUCUCAGUAACCUAUAUGCUUACUCUGAUGGGGAACUCAGCCAUUGUCUGUGCUGUGUGGUGGGACCGGCGCCUUCACAUACCUAUGUACAUAUUCUUGGGAAAUUUCUCUUUUCUAGAAAUAUGUUAUGUCACCACAACUGUCCCUAACAUGUUGGCCAACUUCCUCUCCACAAGCAAGUCCAUCUCGUUUGUUAGUUGUUUUGCACAGUUCUACUUCUUCUUCUCUUUGGGCUGUAAUGAGGGUUUCUACCUUUGCAUCAUGGCCUCUGACAGGUAUCUUGCCAUCUGCCGUCCUCUACAUUAUCCACGCAUCAUGACUAAAGAGCUGUACACUAACCUGGUCAUCUUGGGUUGGUCAUCUGGAUUUAUCCUCUUCAUAACCCCAGUAGUUCUCAUUUCACGAUUGCCCUAUUGUGGCCCAAAUAUCAUCAACCAUUUUAUUUGUGAUCCUGUUCCACUGAUGAUGCUGUCCUGUUCUGAAGACACCACUACACAGUUAAUUUACUCUACAUUCAAUGUUAUCUUCAUGAUUGGCACUUUUCUCUUUGUCCUUUGCUCCUAUGCUCUGGUGAUCCUUGCUGUUCUACGGAUGCCCUCAGCAGCAAGUAAACACAAAGCUUUCUCCACUUGUGCUUCUCAUCUGGUGGUGGUGGUCCUGUUUUUUGGCUCUGUUAUGGUGAUGUAUGUGAGCCCUGGGUCAGGACACCCAGUGAAAAUACAAAAAAUUGUUACCUUGUUUUAUUCUGUGAUAACACCCCUGUGCAAUCCUCUAAUAUACAGCCUUAGAAACAAGGAAAUAAUGGCUGCUCUGAGGAAAAUAUUUGGGAUUGAACAAACUCUUAGUAAAAUAUAA